AAAAUUGAAACCAAAAGGCAAAGAUUUUUCCAAUCAAACAGAAAAUAAAGGAAAGUAUUUGAUUGGAUCUCUCACACAGCGAAGAUUUGUAGGAGAGAAAGUGAGAAGAAGAGACCUAUCGGCGAAGUACUUUUUAAGCUAUACGAUCCAGAGAGGAGAAAUUACUUCAGAUGGAAACCUAAGGGUCGCAGGAAAUUUUUGUUUUGUUGCCGGAAUUCCUAACGAUCUCGUCGGGUAGUUACGUGCAAGUGACGGAAUCGGAUUUAUUGGUAAAGAUGGUGAAUUCUAUGGUGGAGAGGGCCACGGGCGACAUGCUGAUCGGGCCUGAUUGGGCCAUGAAUAUAGAUAUCUGUGACAUCCUAAACCGCGACCCUGUGCAAGCAAAGGAUGUUGUCAAGGGCAUCAAGAAACGCCUUGGAAGUAAGAAUCCCAAAGUUCAACUUCUUGCUCUAACUCUAUUGGAGACAAUAGUAAAGAACUGUGGGGACAUUGUCCACAUGCAUGUAGCAGAGAAGGGAACACUUCAUGAGAUGGUGAAAAUAAUAAGGAGGAAGCCCGACUUACAUGUCAAAGAGAAGAUACUGAUUCUUAUAGAUACUUGGCAAGAAGCUUUUGGAGGACCUAGGGCAAGACAUCAACAAUAUUAUGGUACAUACCAGGAGUUGUUGCGUGCUGGAGCAGUAUUCCCUCGGAGAUCUGAGAGCUCUGCACCUGUAUUCACACCUCCUCAAACACAACCUCUUUCUCCCUAUCUGCAAAAUCCACGUAAUACGGAUUUUAGACCAGAGGCAGCUGAGUCUUCUACAGAAUCUGAGUUUCCAACCUUGAGCUUGACAGAGAUUCAAAAUGCUAGGGGUAUCAUGGAUGUCCUUGCAGAAAUGCUAAAUGCAUUGGAUCCAGGGAACAAAGAGGGGCUGAGACAGGAGGUUAUUGUUGACUUGGUGGAACAGUGCCGUACAUAUAAGCAAAGAGUGGUGCAUCUUGUUAAUUCCACCACGGACGAAUCAAUGCUAUGUCAAGGAUUGGCACUUAAUGAUGACCUGCAACGUGUACUAGCCAAGCAUGAAGCCUUUGCUUCUGGGACACCUGUUAAAACAGAGAAACCCAAGUCUGAGCCUACUGGAGCACUAGUAGAUGCUGAUGCCCCAUUAGUUGACACUGGAGAUGGCAGCAAAAAGCUUGAUGGAAGAUCUACCUCAAGUUCUGGUGCCGGGGCUAAUCCUCCGGCAGCAGCCAAUCCAAUAAUUGACCUGCUGAGCAGUGAUGACUUCAACUCACCAAAGGUUGAAAAUUCAUUAGCUCUUGUUCGCCUGGGAGAGCCGCCGCCAACUGCACCUGCAUCUCAGCAUAAUGCCCUUGUACUAUUUGACAUGUUUUCUGAUGGUAACAACAGCCCAAAUUCUGUCAAUAUCCAACCUACUAAUGUUGGUACACAAAUCAAUCCUUUGAACACAUCAUUCCAACAGCAGCAGAAUUUCCAAUCCCCAGAAACAGGAUUUUACCAAAAUGGAAACAGCCCCAAUAUGGGAUCACCACAAUAUGGGCAGUCAUUUUAUGCGCAGGGCACAGGUCCUUCCUGGAAUGGCCAGUUUGUCCAACAGCAGCAACCUGCCUCACCAGUCUCCCCAGUGUCACCAGCUUAUGGUGCUCAAAGUGGUGGAUCACUACCACCGCCUCCGUGGGAAGUACAGCCCGACAGUAAUUUGGUGGCUGGCUCUCAGCUUCCUCAGCCUUUGCAAGUUACUCAGGUUGUUGUCACACAUGCUCAACCAGCGCCAAAUGGUAUGCAUCCUCAAUCACCUCAGUCGAUGGGAAAUCAACAGGUUGUGGGCAUGUAUAUUCAGCCCAUUACAGGUGGCCAAUUAUCAGCAAUCAAUCAUCAGGCUGGACAGAGCAAUCAAUUUGUUGGUUUUCAUCCUCAACAAGUCCAGGGCGGGCAGUACAUGGGUAUGGUCCCACAGCUGAUGCAGUCUGGGCAGAUGGCCUCAAUGUAUCCACAGCAACAAAUGUAUGGCAACCAAAUGGCGGGAUAUGGAUAUGGUCAGCAGCAAAGCGUUCAGUACCUUCAGCAGCAAAUGCAUGGGAUGUCUGUUAGAGAUGAUAAUGGUAUAACAAACUCUUCGUAUCAGGUCUCCACUUCGUCUUAUUUACCACCUAUGAAGAAGACUUCCAAGCCAGAGGACAAGUUAUUUGGAGACCUUGUCGACAUAUCGAAAUUCAAGUCGAAACCUACUCCUGGAAAAGCUGGUAGCAUGUAACACAUCAUGAACCUGCAAUUUUUGUGUUUUUACUUCUGUUUCUUAGAUUCUUUUUUGUUAACUUGCUUCAUUCUCUUUAUUCACCUUCUCUUUCCAUUUUUGCAUUGAAAUCCUGUACAUUUCUUGUAGAGAAAAAAAGAAAAGCAAGGGUUACACUCAAUUAGGUUGAUGUUCUAAGAUAUGCGUUUCUACUGGGAGCUUUUUUUCUGUUGGACUUUUCGAAAUUUGUUUUUUUAAUAAUGUAAAGGGGACUAUGAUUUCUUCAA